AUGGCUAAGAAGUAUAAAGAUGUCUGCGAAAGCAAAGAAUUUUUGGCUCAUAUCGACGGAGAUCAGUUGCUCAGCCUUCUCAGCCGAGAUGACCUCAGUUCACCGUCCGAGACGUUCAUCUUUAAAUCAGUGAUGCAGUGGAUUAAACAUAGCAAGGAAGAGAGGAUGGCAGUUGCAGCAAAAGUUAUUGGAGCUGUUCGUCUGGGACUCGUGAAUAUCAGAGAGGUAGUAGCCGAGCUCAACACGCAAGAUAUGCGAAUGAUUCCAGAGAUAAAUACGCUUUUGCUUGAGUCACUCCUGUACAGCGUCGAGCCUUCGAGCAGCUCCGAGUUUGCCAAACGAUGCAACAUUUCCAUACCUCUGGGAAUGGAGAACGGUCACAUAAGCAACCAGUCCAUCACAGCCAGUUCACAUUACCAUAGAUAUCCACCUUGGCACGCCCGACUCAAUAGUGGAACCGCGGUAAGCUGGUACGCACUCCCCAGUGACCCAAAUCCAUGGAUUCAGGUGGAUCUCGACAUGCCUACUUGGUUGAAAGGAGUGGCGACUCAGGGCAAAAGGUUCUCCUUGUUUGUCAAAACAUAUAAGUUGGCAUAUUCCUCGGACGGGAUUCAUUGGAGUACUUAUAAGGAUGCGAUCGAAGAAAGGGAAAUGAUAUUUAAAGGAAACACAGACCCUUACAAAGUGGUAAAGGUUGAGCUUGAUAACCCCGUUUAUACCCGUUAUGUCCGCUUGUAUCCGAAGACAUGGAGGCAUGGAAUAGCUGUAAAGAUGGAGCUGUAUGAUGGCUACGAACCUGGACUAUCACCCUAUAAAUGCAACGAUGUAAACGAGUGCAUUACAGGAAACCACAAGUGCGAGGGAAAGAGUACCAACUGCAAAAACAAUUUCGGAAGUUAUGGUUGCAAGUGUAAAGAUGGCUACGAACCUGGACUAUCACCCUAUAAAUGCAACGCCAAACGAUGCAACAUUUCCAUACCUCUGGGAAUGGAGAACGGUCACAUAAGCAACCAGUCCAUCACAGCCAGUUCAAAUUACCAUAGAUAUCCGCCUUGGCACGCCCGACUCAAUAGUGGAACCGCGGUAAGCUGGUACGCACUCCCCAGUGACCCAAAUCCGUGGAUUCAGGUUGAUCUCGACACGCCUACUUGGUUGAAAGGAGUGGCGACUCAGGGCAAAAGGUUCUCCCUGUUUGUCAAAACAUAUAAGUUGGCAUAUUCCUCGGACGGGAUUCAUUGGAGUACCUAUAAGAAGGCGAUCGAAGAAAGGGAAAUGAUAUUUAAAGGAAACACAGACCCUUACAAAGUGGUAAAGGUUGAGCUUGAUAACCCCGUUUAUACCCGUUAUGUCCGCUUGUAUCCGAAGACAUGGAGGCAUGGAAUAGCUGUAAAGAUGGAGCUGUAUGGUUGCCGGCCAGAAUAAGCUACGUGUUUCGUUGGAAACGACAUUCAGUAGAUGUGCUAACGGAUGUUUAAAUAUUAUUGA